AUCAGAGGGACAGGUGUGGUUGUGGCCUGGUUGGGGAUCCAAGCAGCAGGAGGAGAUAAUAGCCCCUCCCAGCUUGUUAUCCAGAUUUUUCUCUUGCACUGGGGCCUAGCAAUGCCCAGCUGAUUAAAGGUUCAAUCUCUCCACUGUGGGUCAGGGAAACUGAGGCUGUCUGAGGUACCAUGCCCUGCCCCAGGUCUCAUGGGCAAACAAGAGCCCUGGGUCUGGCUGGGUCCUGGGCUGGUGUCUCCGUCCUGCUCCCUGCUGAGAGUGGCUGGAAAGUUGCUUAAGUGGGGUAGCUGUGGAAGACUUCUGAGACUCCCUGGCUGGGAAAGAAGGAGGCUAGUGUCUGAGGCUGGGAUACUGAGAAAGGGAGGGCCUCACUCUUCUCUCCUCUGGGAGGGGCCAGGCCAGAGCAUCCCAAGCUUAGCACUGGCUAAUGUGGUGUUGGCAGGAACAGCUCCCUGGAACCCUCCCUGCCCGGAAUGAGAGGCCUUGCAUUGGUGUGGGAACGUGUGCCUGUUCGCUGAUAGCUGGCAGUGUGCCUGUCUCCCCACCACCCACACCAGGCACAGGUGACUGCUGGGACUUUACCUACAUUGUUUCAGGAAUGAGUAUCUCCAUUUGGCAAUUAUAGAUGGGGAACUGCAGCGGUUGCCUGAGGUCACACAGGUAGAAGUGGCUGAGUGGGGACUGGUAUACUAGUCUGCUGGUCUCCAGAGCCCAAAGGCAGCCUAGGGCGAGGCUUGGUCAAGGGUCCAUACAAUUCCUGCGUUAGUUCAAUUUAUUUAUUCCACAGACUCCUAGGUGCUCUUGCAACCUGGUUAGAACACUGCAGUUGUUCAUUGGCAGAAGGUGUGAGUUGUUCAUUGGCAGUUGUUCAACGUGCACAACCUGCAGUGUGCAGAACCCAUCUUGGCUGACGCACGUGCUCCCCAGGGCAAUGUUAAGUGCACAGAGCUUUGCCGCUCCCCACUCCCAGCCUGCAACAUACUUAGAGGCAUGUGGAAGGCAUGGUUUUCUCAAAGCAAGUGAAGGUCCUGAGGCCUGAAGAAAAAUCCAGGCCUUCCUGGCUCUGCUACUUAUUAGCUUUGUGACCCUGAGCAACCCACUCAGCAUCUCUGUGCCCCAGUAAGUGACAUGGGAACAAUGCCCCUUCAGAAGGGAGUUAGGGUAAUAGUGAAGGUAUGCGCUCAGAGCAAUGCCAGGUGCAUAGUAGGAGCUUAACAUACAUGAAACCCCUUCAGCCACCCCACAGUGCACUGCUUCGGGCUGUGGUGCCUGGGGUGCCUGAGUUACACUUGGCUUGUGGCAGACAAGGCUGGAGGCAGGUGAGGAGUUUCUGCCCAUCCUCCAGAUAUGCAGUGGGAAGGACUCAGGGAAGACCAUGGGAAACUCUGAGAACAAGGAAGGACUGGAGAUGGUAUCCCUGACCCUUCCCACACAUCCUCCUUGUGGACUCCCAGGCCCCAGAAACUUUUCCUGGCUCCACUUGGCUGCCCUCAUGGGGGGAGGGGCCUCUUGCAAUCCCUGCAAUUCCCUCAAGGUCACCUGAGCUGGCUCAAUCUUCUCUUCCUUCUCAGAGGCACGAGACAGUCCAUUUUCCCAGCCCUGUCAGUGUCAGCAGCUAGUGUGAACCCUUAGGGAGCCUCAGGGGAUCUCAAAGGCUGCUGAUUGCUCCACCCAUUGGUCCCAGUGGUGGGUGGUCUAAAGCCCCAAAUACCCAGUUCAGGUCAUGUUCAUUUAUCCUUCGUGUGCAACCUCCUUGUUUUUGAUCCAGUCAGGAGCUGCCAGGGCCAAGCAAGGGCAAGGUCAUUACUGCAUCCCUGAGACUUGCCCUGGAGGGCUCCCAGUCUGAUAGAAGAGACAAUGGCAGUCUGGUGUCUUCUCUGCUCUGAUAGAGGUAGCACAUUACAUGGGGUAGAGAUUAUUCCCAGAAGAGAAUCCUGAACAAGCGUGGGAUCCCAGGGAAGGUUUCCUGGAGAAAGAAAUAGCUGAGUACUGAAGCCUGAGUAGAUGUUCACCAGACAGAUGAAGGGAGGGAAGGACAUUCCCUACGAAAGGAACAGAGUGGGCCAAGAUAGAGCUGCAGAUGCUGGUACAUGGAGGAGAGGUGGGAUCAAGUCUGAAACCACAGAAAAAGAAGUAAUGUCCAAGCCCAAAGGGCCAAGAAAUGCCCAUUGGGCUGUGUAGGAAUGGGAGAAGUGCCAGGCCAAUGAUCUCCCCACCUCCUGGGGCUGGCAGUCAUGGAUGCUGAGCAGCCCCCAGCUUUCUAAAGUCAAUGAGUAACUUUGGGGGCUGGGCAGGGCCGGGUCUGCUGCUGUGGGCCAGUGGUGUUUUCCACUCCUGAGCAAGCCUGGCUGGACCGCCUACCUGCUCAAGUGUCCGCCCUGCCCUACCCCACCCAUCCCGGCCUGGCUAGUGCUCCCUGGAGAAGGAGUCCUCUCGCCUGGCGGCUGGACCAAGGGAGCCCGCCUGAGGCACCAGAGGGCCCAUCCUGACCAUGGUCCCUGCCUGGCUGUGGCUGCUUUACCUCUCUGUUGCCCAGGUUCUCCCAGAGGCCCAGCCUGCAGAACUGUAUGUGGAAGUCCCAGAAAACUAUGGUGGAAAUUUCCCUUUGUACCUGAUCAAGCUACCACUGCCCCCUGAGGAGACUGAAGGUAAGAUGGUGCUGUCAGGAAACCCGGACAUGACAGCCGAGGGCCCCUUUGCUGUGGAUGCAGGGUCUGGCUUCUUGCUGGUGACCAGGGUCCUGGAUCGCGAGGAGCAAGCGGAGUACCGGCUACAGGUCACCCUGGAGACUGAGGACGGACAUGUCUUGUGGGGCCCACAGCCCGUGCUUGUGCAUGUGAAGGAUGAGAAUGACCAGGUGCCCCACUUCUCUCAGUCCAUCUACAGAGUUCAGCUGAGCCAGGGCACCAGGCCUGGCAUCCCCUUCCUCUUCCUUGAGGCUUUGGACGAGGAUGAGCCAGGCACGGCCAACUCAGAUCUCCGAUUCUACAUCCUGAACCAGGCUCCAGCCCGGCCUUCCCCAGACAUGUUCCAGCUGGAGCCUCGGCUGGGGGCUCUGGCCCUCAGUCCUGAGGGAAGCACCAGCCUAGACCAGGAUAUGGAAGGGCCCUACCAGCUAUUGGUACAGGUCAAGGACAUGGGUGACCAGGCUUCGGGCCACCAGGCCACAGCCACCGUAGAUGUCUCUGUGGUAGAGAACACCUGGGUGCCCCUAGAUCCUGUCCACCUGGCAGAGAAUCUGCAAGUUCCAUACCCACACCGCAUUGCCCAGGUACACUGGAGUGGGGGAGAUGUACAUUAUCAUCUGGAGAGCCAGCCCCCUGGACCCUUUGAUGUGGAUGCAGAGGGGACACUCUACGUGACCAAGGAGCUGGACCGAGAAUCCCAGGCUGAGUACCUGCUCCAGGUGCAGGCUCAGAAUACCCGUGGUGAGGACUACACAGAACCUCUGGAGCUGCAUGUGGUAGUGAUGGAUGAGAAUGACAAUGCACCUGUCUGCCCCCUACAUGGUUCCCCAAUCAGCAUUCCUGAGCUCAGCCCUCCAGGCACUGAGGUGACUAGACUGUUGGCAGAGGACCUGGAUGCCCCUGGUUCCCCAAAUUCCUACAUUGUGUAUCGGCUGCUGAGCUCUGAGCCUGAGGAGGGAGCAGAGGGAAGAGCCUUCAAACUGGACUCCACCUCAGGCAGUGUGACAGUCGGGGACGCCCCCCUCCAGGCUGGCCAGAGCAUCUUGCUUCAGGUGAUGGCUGCUGACCUAGGAGGAGCAGAGGGUGGCCUCAGCAGCACAUGUGAGGUCACUGUCACAAUCACAGACAUCAAUGACCAUGCCCCCGAGUUCACCAAUUCCCAGAUUGAGCCUAUAAGCCUCCCUGAGGAUGCAGAGCCUGGGACUCUGGUGGCCACACUCACAGCCACUGAUGCUGACCUUGAGCCUGCCUUCCGCCUCAUGGACUUUGCCAUUGAGGUGGAGGACGUGGAGGGGACCUUCGGCCUGGAUUGGGAACCAGACUCCAGUCAUGUCCAACUUCGACUCCUCAAGAACCUCAGCUAUGAGGCAGCUUCAAGCCACAAGUUGGUGGUAGUGGUUCGGAGCGUGGCAGAGUUGGUAGGGCCAGGCCCAGGCCCUGGAGCCACAGCCACAGUGACGGUUCUUGUGGAAAGGGUGGUGCCACCCCCCAAGUUGGACCAGGAGAGCUACGAGGCCAGUGUUCCAGUCAGCACCCCAGCUGGCUCCCUCCUGCUGACCAUCCAACCCUCAGACCGCAUGAGCAGUCCCCUCAGGUUCUCCCUGGUCAAUGACUCAGAGGGCUGGCUCUGCAUCAAGGAGGUCUCUGGGGAGGUGCACACUGCGCGGCCCCUACAAGGUGCCCAGCCUGGGGACAUGUACACAGUGCUCGUGGAGGCCCAGUAUGAAGAUGAGCCGACACUGAGCGCCUCUGCAACCCUCGUGAUCCACUUUCUGAAGGCCCCUUCUUCCCGGGCCCCAACUCUGAACCACGUGCCCACCCGACACCUCUGCACACCCCGCCAGGACCAUGGUGUGGUUAUCAGUGGACCCAGCGAGGACCCUGAUAUGGCUGGUGGACAUGGUCCCUACAGCUUUGCCCUUGGUCCCAACCCGACAGUGCAGCGGGAUUGGCACCUCCAGGCUCUCAACGGUUCCCAUGCCUACCUCACUCUGGCCCUGCAUUGGGUGGAGCCACGUGAGCACGUAGUACCCAUAGUUGUCAGCCACAAUGCCCGGAUGUGGCAGCUCCCGAUCCGAGUGAUCGUGUGUCGCUGCAACGUAGAGGGACAGUGCAUGCGAAAGGUGGGCCGCAUGAAGGGCAUGCCCACGAAGCUGUCAGCCGUGGGCAUCCUCGUGGGCACCUUGAUGGCAAUAGGGUUGCCAGAUUUAUUGUGAGGGACUGGUUCAUGUGGUUAUGGAGGCUGAGAAGUCCAACACUCUGCUCUCUGCAAGCUGGAGACCCAGGAAAGCCAGUGGCGUGGUUCCAGUCCAAAGCUGAAGGCCUAAGAACGAGAGGAGCCAAUGGUGUAAGUCCCAGUCAGAGUCCACAGACCCGAGAACGGGGAGCACCAGACGUCUAAGGGCAGAAGAUGGAUGUCCCAGCUCAACGGACAGCAUGUUUCUGUCCUUUUUGCUCCAUUCCAGCCCUGGGUGGACUGUCUGAUGCCCACCCACUCCUUUACUCAGUCUACUGAUUUAAUCUCUUCUGAAAACAUCCUCACAGCACACUCAGAAAUAAUGUUUUACCAGUUUUCUAGGCAUCCCUUAGCCCAGUCAGGUUAGCACAUAUGAUUAACCAUCACAACCAUCUCUCAGACUUACCAGUUAUCAAGACUGCUGCACACUAAUGUCAAUCCCCAGGGUCACAGUUGCUAAGUUCAGCCCAGAUUCAAGAGGAGGAGAAUUAGACCCUACAGCUCGGUGGGAGGAGCAGCCAAGAAUCUGUGGUCAUCCUUAAAACUGCCACAAGGAGCAAGAGGUGGAGGGUUCCAGGCUCCCUGCCAGGAGUGACCAGGGAGCAGCCUGACUCUUGGAAGACGUGACCUCAGGUUAUGGAGGAAAGACCUCUUUCUCUUCUCUCCUUUCUCCCUGCAUGACUAUGGUAUCUGCACACCUGGGGAGGAGUCCAAGGAGGCAGGAGGGGGAAGAUGCUGAGCUUUCUCCCAAGGGUGAGGGAUAGCCUGGAAGGUAUGGAGCAGAUGAGUGAUACAUAAUAUUUGGGUCUGACCCAGAUCACUCUGGCUGCCUUGUGCUGGGUGGAGUUGACUGGAGGGGCAGCUGCUGUGUAUGGGUGGGAGGGUAAAGGUGGUUUGGACCAUUCUUGGGGCUGGGCAAGAGAAAGUAGACCCCCCGAGCUGCUGGGAGGGUGGCUGAGGGGACUGGCUGCAGGAAGCAGGAAGAGGAGGUGGGAAGCAUUCAGAAGUGAGGGGCAGUCCACAGAGGGGAACAUCCACAAUGGGGCAGACUGGAAAAGGUAGCAGCUACUUCCUCCCCACGUAAAGCUCACCACCUGGCUCUGGCUGUCUUAGGUCCCCAGCAGCCCUCUUCCCACAAAGCAGGGCUGAGUGAUUACAGGACAGGGUCCUUCUCCCACCCCACAUUCAUUCCAGCCCCAAGGAUGUCUGGGGUCUGAUGAGGCUCCCUGAAAGUUGUCCCAGGCUGCAGUCCCAGGGAGCCCCUGCUCUGGCAGGGCAGUGCCUCAGGGCCUCAUGGAAUAUGAUCUUCCCACUCCAGCUGCGGCCGGCACCAACAUGGCCAGAUGGCGACAUCUAGAGGCAGCUUCCUGUCUCACAUGGCUUCUCGGCAGAAUCCCACAGCAAAGGGCCUGCGCUGGAGGUGCCAGCCAAGCCGAGGGCUCCCCAUUGGAGUUCCCAUCAUCCUUAGGAUCGAGUGAGCCAAAAGGCAGAGCUCAGAAAGGCCCAGCCACUCCAUGCCUCCAUGCCAAAGCCCAUUUUGGAGUUAGCAAAGCCCUGGAAACGCCAAAUGAACCACCCGUGGAUACUCUCCCCUCCCAAAAGGCAAGGACAUGUUGGCUUGAUGAUGUUCCCCUAUCCCCCUACCUGCUGCACACCUUUGUCUCAGAGGAAGGGUCAUCCCAGCAACUCAGCCAGCCUCUUGUCACAGAGCCAACCCAUCAUCUCCACCUCGCAGCCAGGUCCAUCCUGUGCCCUGAGUCCCAAAUGAGAAUUCCUCUCCUUAGCAAUGCCUUUAAAAUCACUUGUUCAUUUCCAUCUAUCCACACCCGCAGUUUUUCUGGUAACAGAGCUCCUGACCCCUCUCCUCACUUUUACACCACCACUCACAGUUUUCCUGCUACUCCUCUGACCUCUGUUUUGCUGGUUCCUCUUAUCUGCUGCUCCCUUAAUCAUCCACCCAUCUGUCCCUCCCCCCAAUCCUUCUUCACUCAUUCUACAAUCAGCAGGACAGGAACUACUUUAGGGCAUUGAGUAGCAACAAGUAAAAUAAAAACAAAAAAUCUAUAAAGAUGAAAGAAAUAGCAUAAAUUUACUUCCUCCCCCUGGAAAGAGCCCAAAGAACUCAAUUUUUAAAAUUUAA